AUGGAUAGUCAAUGUUGGUGGUGGUUUAUAAUUUAUAUAAUAAAUUUCUUUUUUAAUUCAAUUGAAUCACGUUAUUCAUUAAAUUCAAUUAAACAACGAAAUGAAUCAACGAAUAAAAAACAAACAUCAUCAUCAACAUCAUCAUCGAAAUCGAUCAAUAAUAUUUUACAAUAUCAAUCAAUUUAUUCAACUUCUUUGGCAGAGAAUACAACAAAAAUUCAUACGAACAACAUCAUUCAAUCAUUUAUAACAAAACCUAAUUCUUAUCUUUAUAAUCCUAAUGACGAUGAUGAAAAUUUAUUAGAUCGUGUUAAACGAGAAACAGCACCAUUUGUUUGUAAAACUGAUGGUUAUUUUCCAGAUCGACAAAAUUGUCGAAUAUAUCAUAUUUGUACAUCAGGUGUUGACACAGCAGCUGUUUGUGGUGAAGGUACUUCAUGGGAUCCAAUUAAGAAAAAUUGUGGAUGGGAAAAUACUGUUGAAUGUAAAAAAGGACUUCGAAAAUGGGAUCAAAUAACAGAUAUUCGAGGCGUUACUUUAUUUGCUACUGAUGCAGCACUUGCUUGGCGAGCAAAAAAGAAAUCAACAACAACUAAUGCACCAAUUAAAGUUGAUUCAAAUUUUACAUGUGAAUAUGAUGCUGAAGGAUAUUUUCCUGAUCCAAAAUAUUGUCAUAUUUAUCAUUUUUGUACUGUUGGUGCACAUCGAGUACUACAAUGUUCAAAUAAUCUUUGGUAUUCUACUGAAACACAAGGUUGUGAUUGGCCAGAAAAGUCAGAUUGUAAAGCUGGUAAUUUACAUACAUCAUCAACAGCAGCAACAAAUAUGAUUGAUGGUGAUGGAAAUAUAGUUACAACUCCAAGAAAUUUUCGAUUAAAUGUUUAUUUACCUAUUGAAUGUCCACCAGGUGUUCAAAAAUAUUUUCCUGAUCCAUAUGAUUGUUCAGCUUAUCAUUAUUGUAGUGGUGGUGUUGACAAACCAUCAUUUUGUGAUGCUGGUCUCUUCUAUGAUAAAAAACAUGGUUGUCAAUGGCCAAAAGAUGUUCCUCAUUGUCAACAUAAAUGUCCGGCUAAUGGACAACGAUUACGUUUUGUAGCUACUCAUAGUUGUUGUCAUUAUUAUGAAUGUAUUAAUGGUCAUUUAAAAGAACAAGUGUGUCCAUUACAUAAACUUUAUUCAGUUGAAACAAAACGAUGUGAAAAUUUUCAAGUUGUUACUUGUGGUUCACGCGAAAAAUGUAUCGAUCCAUGUGAUUAUGAUAAUUCUCCAUUAUGUGAAUUUAAACCUGUUUGUCGAGAUAAACCAAAUGGUAAUUAUGUUGAUCAAUAUCGACCUAAUUGUCAAUUUCAUUAUACAUGUCUUGAAAGUCGUACAUUUAAUUAUACAGCAUGUGAACAUGGUUAUCGAUUUUCUGUUCAACAUCAAAAAUGUCUACCUGCUAAACAAGUCAAAUGUUUUGCUAUACAAAAUUAUCAAUUUUCAUUUAAUCUCAUUUUUUUCUUCAUUUUUAUACAAACUAUUUAUUAAUUAUAUAUAAGGUUUUAAUUCAAUGUAUAUAAAAAUAAAAAUCUUUUAUCAAUUGUGAUAAUUGAAAAUAUUUUUUCUCAUUAAAAAGUUCAUGCUAUGAAAAUGCAUUACAUGAAUUUUAACCUGCAGAACUUUGGCCUGGGUAGAAAUCUAUUUAGGACUUUCGGCCCGUGACCUUAUUGACCCAUAAAAACAAACUAAUUUUUUUGAGUGAAUUGCUAGAUAUCGUAGUGCUAAGCAAGACGUCAUAAUGGGUGUGAGUGCCAAUGAAGAGAAGAUUCAGACUCAGACAUCCAUGCCCACAUCCAUUAUGACGUUCUGCUCAGCACGACGAUAUCUACCAGCUCACUAAAAAAAAUUAGUUUUUUAUUUUAGGGAUCAAUGAGGUCACCGGUCAAAAUUUUGGUCUCCCAUGAAAAUUCGACAUAGACUUAAUUUUCAACUUGAUGUAAGAUUUUAAUAAAUCGAAAUAAUAGAUGAAUAUCAUCUAGAAAAACUUAUCAGUUGAAUAAAAGUCAAGUGAAUGCAUUUUAACAAGGUACGAAUAUGGAUGCUCAAUGUUUGUCUUUUCAUCAUUCGCAAGUACCCACGCUCAUACCCACAACCACAUCUACCUGUGUUGAAAUAAAUGAGGAUUCAAACUGAAACAAUUUAUUUGAGUUUUGAAUUGAAGAAUUCAUUCAACGUCAUUCGCAUUACAAAUCUCGCCGUUUGUUCCAUAUAUUUAAUCUCUAGUGCAUUGACAUCUUCCAACGCUUGUAUUUUUUUCCAUAUACGAUCUGCUACUUCUUGUAUGGUAUUUCUUAAGCGUUUUGGCUCAUUAUCGCAGAUAAAUCGUAUCAGAUAAUGGAUAUCAUCUGUGUAAAAUUCAAACAUAUCCAAUAUCGUGGAGCCUGAUGCGCAGAAUAGGGUCGUUGUCAUUCAGGAUGAAAAAGUGGAUUGAGUUUAAUUUGAUAUUUCCGACUAAUUUGUUCUAUUCUUUUAUCAGAUAGUGGCAUU